AUGAGGAUGAGAAGAUCUUGUGGACUUGCAAGGAUAAUGGGUUGGCUUCAGAUUGUUCUGGGGAUACUUGUUAUAGUUGUAAGUAUCUCAAGUCUCUUUAGGUUCUAUUCUGCUGGAUUUUUUGUUCACAAUGAAGAUAUAUGCCGCCAUUUUUAUGGCAUCAAGGAUGUUUAUGAAGGCUUCGAUGUAAAAGCGUUGAACGAUUGGAUUUCAGACAUACUAAAUACGAUUGAAAACCUGCAAGAGAAGUUAGAGAUGAAUCUGCAACAGAUGGAGAAGAACAAAGAUGUAUUGGACAAGACUAGUAUUACAAGAUUGGAGUAUAAGAAGUAUUUGGAGGUGGAUGUUCUUGGGCCAGUUUAUAGUGCUUACAUUGCUCUCAGACAGCUUCGGCUACCUAAGAUCGAAGGUGUCGGAAAUGCAACGGUGAAAGAGGAUCCAUUGGUUAAUACAUUCAUAACAGAGGAAAUCCGCAAGUAUAUAAGCCCGAAAGAGAACAGAAUUGGGAAGACGAAUUUCUAUGGGACCGAGAAGAUAUACAAUACGAUAGGGCAUGCAUGUGUCUUGAUGAAGAAGGAACUUGAAGAGUACAUGGAUUAUGAGAUAGGAUCCUAUUGCAGAGAUGAUUGGAAUUUGGCUCAGAAGCUUCUGGUUAGUGGUUGUGAUCCGUUGCCCCGAAGGCGGUGCUUGACGAGGGCUUCCAAGGUAUACCAGAAGCCGUAUUCUAUCAAUGAGUCUCUAUGGAAUUUGCCCGAUGACAGAAACGUAAGGUGGGGAAAUUACCGGUGCAGGAAUUUCGGUUGCUUGUCGGGCAAGAAUCCGAAGCGAGGUUAUACAAAGUGUACAGGAUGUUUCGAGAUGGAAAAGGAGAAGCUCAAGUGGGUAACUAACAGUUCACUUCCUGUAGAUUUCUUGAUUAGAGAUGUUUUGGGCAUUAAAGCAGGGCAGAUAAGGAUUGGUCUAGACUACGGCGUCGGCACCGGUACAUUUGCAGCGAGGAUGAGGGAACUGAAUGUAACUAUUGUCUCAACUGCUCUGAACCUGGGGGCUCCUUUCAACGAGAUGAUCGCACUCCGAGGCCUAAUUCCUUUGUACGCAACAUUGAACCAACGACUUCCGUUCUUCGACAACACGAUGGACUUGAUUCACACGAAUGGGUUCCUGGACGGGUGGAUCGACUUCCUGCUGAUGGAUUUCAUCCUUUUCGAUUGGGACAGGGUUUUGAGACCGGGAGGAUUGUUGUGGAUUGACAGAUUCUUUUGUAACAAAAAGGAUCUAGAUGACUACAUAUACAUGUUUCUGCAAUUCAGAUAUAAGAAACACAAGUGGGUUGUUGCCCCUAAAUCCCACGACCAAGUCUAUCUUUCUGCGGUUUUAGAGAAACCACCUCGAGCUAUUUGAUUGGAUGAUGUAAGAAACACAAUG